GCGGAUUUUAAAAUUCCAAUGUUUUCUGUCUCUUCCAAAGGUUUUUCCACUUUUCUUUCUUUCUUUUUUUUUUCUCCUUGACCAACAAUGUUAUAUAUGGAAAAAAGGCAAAUGGUCAAGACUUUUGCUGUCAUUACUGUAUUGGCCAGCAUUUAUUGUAUUUAUAAGGAUCCAAAACGACUUAAACGACGAGCUUGGGAACGUAUUAGUUUUUUUUUAUGCCAACGUGAUCUCAAAGAACGGGAUAUGGAAAAACAACUAUUGGAACUAUCUGAACCGUCUAUCAUUACCGAUCAUACUCAAUUUGUUGAAAUAAACGACCACAAACUACGGAUCGUCCAUAUUAUUCAUGAAUUAGGAAGUAAAGUCCCUUUGAUCGUCUUCAUUCAUGGUUUAGGUGGACAGGUGGCUCAAUGGCAACGUCAAUUGGAAUAUUUUUCUCAAACAGCGCAUGUAUUAGCGAUUGACUUAUUGGGUUGCGGAAAAAGUGAAGUUUCUUCAAAGUGGGAACCUUAUACUACCUCUUCUCUAGUACAGGAUAUUGAAACAUUACUAUUGGAUCGAUAUAGAAAUCCCAACACAGUCAUCAUUGCUCAUUCCUAUGGAUGUUCAAUAGCCACCUUUAUCGCUGCCUCCCCUGUUUUGCAAAGUCGAAUCAAAGCUUUGGUUUUGAUCUCACCAAAGGAUCGUAUGGAUGAAAGACAAAUCAAAGGAUUGAAAAAACUACGAUGGGUACCAGAUUGGAUCUUCGAUUUUGCUAGAACUGCUGAUAGACGAGGAGGACUCUAUAGUACAAGCAUUGGACGAUUACUUGGACAUGAUGCACCUGAUGAUUUAAGGAAAAGACAAUGGCAAUGGAAUUUAGCUAGUCGAACAUCAGUUUAUAAAAGGAUUGUUUGUGGUGCUUGUUUUCCUGAUCGUCAAGUCUAUCAAAAAAUUAAGUCUGCUGUUUUAUUGAUUGGUGGAAGUGAGGAUCAAGUCAUUUUACCUUCUGAUAUGAACUUGAUUCGUGGACAUUUAUUGAUGGCCAAUGGAUCAACCCAUAUGGAUUCAACCGAAGCUCUCAAACGUGUACCUGAACCUUAUGUGAUCGCCAAUGUUGGUCAUAUGCCUAUGCUUGUCAAACCUGAAUUAGUGAAUCCCGUUAUAUCUGAAUUUUUGAUCAACAAUUGUGGAUUACACACUCUCAGUGGAGAAUGGCAAAUCUUAAACAAGACUAAAGGUGAAAAUAAAUGGGAUCUCAAGAACUAUGAAAAGUGGUCCCGUACAGCAGAUAUUACCAGUGGUCCUAUUGGUAUUUCUCUUUUUAGAGCUAUGAAAGUAAUGCGACAAACUGAUACUGAACACUGUCCACCUGCCUUUUUAGCAAAAUAUCCUGAAAUUGGCUUUAUUAUUGAUCUUUCCAAGGAUACUCCUCCAUAUCGUACAAGUGAUUUUGACAAUACUACCAUAGAAUACAUCAAGUUCAGAACCGUAUCCAAAAUUCCACCAACAAGAGAAGAUGUCGAUCGAUUUAUCAAAUUAGCAGCAGACUGUUGGGAAAAGCGACCAGAUGUCCAGAUUGCCGUGCAUUGCCAUUAUGGGUUCAAUCGGACUGGUUUCUUUAUCGUCUGUUAUAUGAUUGAACGUUUAGGUGUCUCUGUACCUGAUGCCUUAAAAGCCUUUGCCGAUGUUAGACCUCCUGGUAUCCGACAUAGUCAUUUUGUAGAUGAAUUAUAUAUGCGAUAUGUAUUGCAUCAACGAUAGUAAUAUUAGUAGUAGUAGUAGUAAUAAUAAUUCAAUAGUUAGAUUUAUUUUUUUGUAUACACAAACCUCAUCUCUCA